AUGAGUACUGAAGAAGAUUCAGCUUCGAAAGCAAUGAUCCUAUUGAUGGGUCUAAGAAGAUGUGGUAAAUCCUCAAUUUGUAAAGUUGUUUUUCAUAAUAUGCAGCCUUUGGAUACCUUAUAUCUCGAAUCUACCUCUAGUCCUUCCAUGGAACACUUUUCGACGUUGAUUGACCUUGCAGUAAUGGAACUUCCAGGUCAAUUAAAUUACUUCGAGCCAAGUUAUGAUUCAGAGAGGCUCUUCAAAAGUGUAGGUGCUUUAGUUUAUGUCAUUGAUUCCCAAGAUGAAUAUAUGAAUGCUAUCACUAAUCUAGCUGUAAUUAUCGAAUAUGCCUACAGGGUAAAUCCAUCUAUUAAUAUCGAAGUUUUGAUUCAUAAGGUUGAUGGGUUGAGUGAAGAUUACAAAGUAGAUGUCCAAAGAGAUAUCAUGCAACGUACAGGAGAAGAACUUCUAGAACUGGGUUUAGAUGGUGUACAAGUAUCAUUCUAUCUCACUUCCAUUUUUGAUCAUUCUAUUUAUGAAGCAUUCUCAAGAAUAGUGCAGAAGUUGAUUCCAGAGAUAACUUAUCUAGAAAAUAUGCUAGACAAUUUGAUCCAGCAUUCGAAAAUUGAAAAAGCAUUUCUGUUCGACAUUAACUCUAAGAUAUAUGUCUCAACAGAUUCUAAUCCUGUGGACAUUCAGACCUACGAGGUUUGCGCUGAAUUUGUGGAUGUAACCUUGGAUUUGUUCGACUUAUACAAGACACCUAAUGAAAAUAAUGAUCAAGCUGUUACGAGAAAAGCCAAUAGGGAACGUCCUCGUGAAUUAAAGAAUAUUGCAGAACUAGAAAAUGGUGUAACCAUUUACUUCAGACAAAUGAUUCGCGGCUUGGCUUUAGUAGCAUUGAUAAGAACAAACGGUUCCGACAAGGAUAGCUGCUUGACUAUUAUGGACUACAAUGUAGAUAUCUUUGAGAAAGGUUUAGAAGAGAUAUGGGCGAAUUCUGCUAAUAAACAACAAGCUCUAUCCUUAGAAUAA